AGGAAAAGAAGAGAGGAAAAGAAGCAAAAGCCUCUUUCUCUCACCGUAGAAGACGAUCCGUCUCGGCUCCUCGAAGAAUCUCUGGGUUGAUUUCGACGACGAAGAAUCUCGUUGGUGGUGGCUCUCCCUGACCGAGAUUCUCGUUGGUCUUGUCGAGGAAGAGAAGUCGGUGUCUCUCCUCAAGGAAGAAUCUCGGUGGCUCUCAGUGACGGCGAAUCUCGGUGGCUUGACGGAGAAAAUAUCGGUGGCUCGGCUUUACGAACAGGGUCGUCGGUUGCUGCUGAGUAUAAUCGAUGAGCAAAGCUAAGUUAUUUCGUUUUUAUUUUUGAAUCCUCAAAUUUGCAUGUGAAUGAUUUUGCUCCUUCUUGUUCGCUUUUGAUGUUUAGUUUGUAAAUCUGAUUGUCUAAAUUGCAUAUUGAAGUUCCAUUGAAGAGAGAAUCCUUAAUUCUCUGGAGAGACAGUCGAUCUUCUCUUGAAACUCAAGGAGACGUGUUCAGGAUACAUAAUAAGGAGACACGAUAAGGAGACAUAAGCAAGGCUAGGAGAGAAAAAGGGCAACAUUUGCAAUACAGGUUUAGUUGGUGAGACCCAUCCAAGCAAGAGAGAUUUCCUUUGAAUCAAACAAACACGAUGGCGACGAAACGGAUAUUGAAAGAGCUAAGGGAGUUGGAGAGAGACCCUCCUGUAUCAUGCAGUGCUGGUCCAAUAGGAGAAAAUAUGUUUCACUGGCAAGCUACGAUAAUGGGUCCGAUCGAAAGUCCAUACACGGGUGGUGUUUUCCUUGUCGAUAUCAAUUUCACUAAAGAUUAUCCUUUUAAACCCCCCAAGGUUGUAUUCAAAACCAAAGUCUUUCAUCCGAACGUCAACAGCAAUGGAAACAUAUGUUUGGACAUUCUCAAAGACCAAUGGAGCCCUGCCCUUACAAUCUCUAAGGUCCUUCUUUCUGUGUGCUCUCUUCUUACAGACCCAAACCCUGACGAUCCUCUGGUUCCAGAGAUAGCUCACAUAUACAAAAGCGAUAGGGUCAGGUACGAAGCCACGGCUCGAAGCUGGACCCAGAAGUAUGCGUCGCAAUAAAACUCAAGACUCCAAGUUAACCCUUCUUCAUUCUUUUGCAAAAUGUCUACAACUUGUCCUUUUUCUUCUUCUUUUGCGUUGGUCUUAUUAUAAAACAAUAAAGUAGAAUAUUAUUGGCGGUCUC